UCGUAGGUCAGUUACCGCCCGACCGCAGGGGAGCAUGGCUGCGUCAAAAGUUAUACCGCGAUCUCGCACUCAUUGUUUACAUGCGCUAUAAAACGAAGUGUACACAACAACACAGAUUUUAUAAACAUUGACUGUUUAGUGAUAUAAAGUUUUAACAAGUACUUUAGUGAUAAAUAAGUGACAAAUGAACUCUAUUACUGUGGCAAAAUGACCGAAAACUUUUACGGAAUGGUUUCGUUAAAAGUUUGGAUAUGUUUGGUUGUCGUGGCUGGUGCGCGCGCACGUUCCGCGCCGCCCGCCCCCACCGGCUGUCAUUGGGACUAUUCGGACACAAAGUUGAGUGAAUCAAACUUUCUCACGUGUAACAUUAAAACUAUCGGCUCAGUGGACUUCUUGUUUAAAAACAUUACCACGGCGCAGGCGUACAACAUCAACAAGUUGAAACUGACUUGCACGGAUUUGUUGUUCUUCGAAAGUUCGUUACACAUGAACACCGGCAGUUUUUUAGGCCAACUACGAAAACUCGAAGACUUGCGCAUUGAGUACUGCAAGAUCCGUUACGUGCCAGCAACUGUCCUGUCUCCGCUACGUGAUUUAACAAGUUUAACUCUACGUUCUCAUAAUACGGAUUGGCCUGCAAUGACUAUGGAGUUUCACGCUGAAAGUUUCCGUGGAUUAAUGGAACUUCGCACAUUGGAUUUAGGUGACAAUAAUAUUUACAUGUUACCUUCCGAAGUGUUUUGUCCACUCUUUAGCUUGGAGUCGUUGAACUUAACCAAUAAUAAGAUUCAAGACAUAUCAGAAAUUGGCUUCUCGGACUGGGGCAAGGGACCUAUUGCUCCCGGCAAAUCAUGCAACACUGGACUGAAGAUGCUUGAUUUAUCUCAUAACAAUCUUCUACGACUUCCCGACAACGGUCUUUCUAGCCUCAGAUCUUUAGAAGUGUUGAAUAUUCAGAACAACUUAAUUAAUGAAAUAGGCGACAGAGCCUUCGUCGGAUUGAAUUCAUUAAAAAUUCUGAACUUGUCGGGAAAUAAGUUAGUCGCUGUCCCUCCUGAACUAUUUCAAUCAUCGCGAGUUAUCAAAGAAAUCUCAUUAGCGAAUAAUUCACUUUCUGUGUUGGCUCCAGGAUUACUCGAAGGACUUGAUCAGCUUGAGAAAUUGGAUUUAUCUAGAAACCGUCUUACAAAUGAUUGGGUUAACAGAGAUACUUUUGCUGGACUUAUCCGCCUCGUUAUAUUGAAUUUGUCCCACAACUCACUCGCACGUUUGGACCCGAAGUCUUUCCAUGACUUAAACAACUUACAAGUUUUGAAUCUGGACAAUAACGCUAUUGAAAUUGUCAGUAACGGUGCUUUUGCUGAGCUCAAAAACUUGCAUCAGCUGUCCAUAUCAGACAACAAGAUAAAAGUAUUAAACGAACAUAUAUUUUCGAAUUUGUUUGUCCUCAGUCAACUGUACUUAGAUAAUAACUUGAUAUCUACAAUACACGAACGUUGUUUUGAAAACAUAACAUACUUACAAGAUUUGGGACUGAAUGGAAACAGUUUAAACAUAAUCCCAGAUGGUAUUAAGAAACUUAGAUUUCUGAAAUCACUUGAUAUCGGUAAGAACAACAUAUCUAAAGUAGCUAAUACGUCAUUUGAAGGCUUAGAAGAACUCUACGGACUCCGGCUUGUUGACAACCAAAUUACAAGCGUGCCCAAGGAUACUUUUAGUACUUUGCCUUCCUUGCAAGUACUAAACUUGGCGUCUAAUAAAAUAGAAACCAUCGAACAAGACGCCUUUUUAUCUAAUCCGACUUUAAAAGCUAUCCGCUUAGACGGGAACAAACUGACCGACAUCCGAGGCGUCUUUAACAAACUAAAUACCCUCGGCUGGCUUAACAUAUCCGACAAUAAGCUUAUUUACUUUGACUAUAGUUAUAUGCCAGAGAGCCUUGAAUGGUUGGAUAUUCAUAGCAACAAUAUUACGAAACUAGAAAACGAACAGAACGCGCAACAAAACAUCCGAAUGCUUGACGUAAGCUACAAUGCAUUAGAAAACGUCGAUGAAAGGUCGAUACCUGAUUCUAUUGAAGUCCUUUUCUUAAAUAACAACAAAAUUCACACGAUUCACCCAGGUACGUUUUUACAAAAAAGAAACUUAGAAAAGGUUGUCGUGACGGACAAUAAAUUGAGAACCGUCGAACUAUCAGCGUUUACUCUGCCCCACAUACCGAAGCACAAAAUGUUGCCAAAAUUCUUUAUUGGUAAUAAUCCGUUUGUAUGCAAUUGUCAUAUGAUUUGGUUACAAAAAAUCAACCUUUGGAACCAUAUGAGGCAGUACCCCAGAUUUAUGGAUUUAGACACAGUGACAUGCGAAGUUGUGAAUAAUAAGUACGGCGGGAAAGCCAACUUGAUGGAUGUUCCUGAAACUCAGUUCCUUUGUUCUUAUGAAACUCACUGCUCAUCAAGUUGCUUUUGCUGUGACUUUGAAGCAUGCGACUGCAAGAUGACGUGUCCAGAAGGAUGUUCUUGCUUCCACGACAGUAAUUGGAAUUCCAAUGUGAUCGAUUGCUCCAAUGUAGGGUAUACUGAUGUACCCGAGAAGAUACCGAUGGACGCUACAGAACUUUAUCUCGACGGCAACGACUUCCAAUCAUUGAACAGUCAUCUGUUUAUUGGAAAGAAGAAGUUACACAAGCUGUACCUCAAUAACAGCAAUAUUGCAAAUAUUGACAAUGAUACUUUUAACGGACUGCACUCUUUGAACAUCCUUCAUCUUGAAAACAACCAUAUAACCGAGCUGUUAGGUGGAGAGUUCUCGCAAACAAAACACUUGAGAGAGUUAUACUUGAAUGAUAACCUCUUGACAAGUGUCUCGAACAAGACUUUUGAAAACCUGUCAUCCUUAAGAGUUGCGCAUUUCCAAGGAAACAAGAUCCUCGACCUUGACAAAAAGUUGGCGCACGUCUUACAUUUGGAAAACGUCAAUGUUCAAGGCAACUUGUUCACAUGUACAUGCAACAACAUCAUGGCUCUCCAAAACUGGUUCAAAAAGUAUUAUGAAGACCCCAUCGAAAUGUUUUGUGCUAGUGAAAAUGGACUCAUGUCGAACUUAACUGUGUUUGAUGCAAUUGAUAAGUGUCGUGACUCUAGUGUAACGGACAAUACCAUACCAACUGAAAAUCAACCGUAUCAAUACGACGAAGUGAGCCCUAUCAAACUGAACUUUGUGCCACUUUUAGCUGUAGUUUUGAUAAGUGUUAUUCUUAUUCUAUUGUUCGGUGCCUUAGCGUUCUCGUUCAGGCAAAAUGUACGCUUAUGGGCGCACUCUAAAUAUGGUGUAAGAUUGUUUAAAAGUGCUUCAAUUCAAGAGAGUGAACUCGAUAGAGAUAGAUUGUAUGACGGAUAUGCUGUAUAUAGUUUGUUAGAUGACGAUUUUGUGUCUAAAGUUGUAGCGCCGGAAAUGGAACACUCCGGUUACACAAUGUGUUUUCAUUACCGGGAUUUACAACACGCUCCUGAAAACUAUUUAACCGAGCAAAUUACAAAUGCUGCGGAAUCAUCGAAGAGAAUUUUAGUUUUUGUAUCAUUUAACUUCCUUCAGAAUGAAUGGUCUAAGGCUACUUUUAAGGCAGCUAUGAAACAUGUAAUUACUUCUAUUCACCCCUCAAUAAGGCGACACAGAGUAGUGUUUAUUUUAACAACCGAUGUAAGCGCCCUUAACUUAGACCUAGAUUUCCAAAACUACUUAAAAACUUGUAACGUCUUAUUGUGGGGCGAAAAGAAAUUUUGGGAAAAAAUUAGGUUUGUAAUGCCAGACAUUUCUAAUUUGCAUUGGAACAAAGAUACAAUGAAUUACAAUCAUGGCGUGUGUCCAAAUGGUAGACGGCAUCCUUCUAGAUAUACGGCCUCGCCUACUGCGCCGGAACAUUGGUAUAAAUACGAUGCGAUACCGCCACAGACGCCCACUGCGGCUAACGUGGGUAUAAACAUUGAAGACGACACGUCGAUGUUGACAAAUACAACGUUGACAAGUCAGAUUCAAGAUGGGGAGAAUUUACAUCAUAGCUACAUAUCUAUUGAUACUCAAAAUUACGAGCAGCCGUACGGCGGGCGGCCCAGGCCUCCUAACACGUUACGCAAACAUCCUGGACACCACUCCCCGUCCAUGCUAGAUGAGCAAGGGUACUUGCAACCUCGCUCGUCCGUGCACGACUGCUUGCCGCAAACUCAUUCAGUCGCGCACAGAUGAUAAGAUUGUUAAACUUCCCUUAUCGGUAAAAGGUACUUUGUAAUGGAAAUUGACAUUCCAAGCGCAUGUGUAGGCUAGACUGCUUUUUAAGUUGGCCAUGCCUUAUUAAAACGUGAUAGUUAAAAAUGUCGGUGUAGAUCAUUUGGCCAAAAUGACUUCGUUCCUCAAUAGUUUGGACAUUGUCAUGUUUUAAAGACUGUAUUGUUAAUGUAUUGUAAACGUAUCUAUGUAGUAUGGAGCCUUAUUGUAUUUCAUUGUAUAAAGCUAUAUUAUUGUUGUCCAUUAAGACUGAUACAGAUGUAUAAAUGAUGCCAGUAUAUCAGGAGUGAAGACUAGCAUGAGUAUUUUGAUAUAGUAUAUCUCAUUGUUACCAAAUAUUUUGUAGAUAGACAAUACUAAUCAGUGUAUAAAAUUAUUGUAUAGUAUUACUAGUCAUUAGUUAAAAUUAUAAUAGUGUUGAACUUUGUGGAUACUCAGUUACAUCCGUAGUGACAUCGUUAAAUAUCCAAUUGUUGUUAAAUUUAAUACGAUUCAUUGACCUGUAUAUUUCUUUUCAAAACGUGUGUAACUGAUUAUUUCUAUGU